CUCUUCCUCCCCCCGUUUCCGUCUGUGCUGUAAGAGCGCGUGGGCCCCGGAGCGCGGCCUCGCACAGCGUCUUAUAUAUAAAAAUAUCAAAAAUACAAAAAAAUUACAAAAUACAAAAUCAACAAAAAAUCGUAUUUUUAAUAACCGGGAACUCGGUGACGCAGGAUUUUUUUUAAUUUACCGCCUCAGUUCGGGAGGAUUAGCUUGUUAGCCGGUUAGCACCGCGCGUGAGCCCGAGCUCGAGCCUGAGUUGUAGUCUUAGCGACCGACGAGCGGCACAGAGCGCUUCAGUUAACCGCCUCAGAGCGCAGCUAGAGCGGCCACCGACUCACGACAGCCCGCUGGUUUAACCCGCUUGACGCUUUUCCUGCCGGCCCGUGGCGAGUUAAAGCCCGUUAUCUUCGGCUUCGUCGCGCUCUCAGCACCGCUGUUUACUCUCCAGAGCUGACUUCGUGAACGAAAAAAUAAAAACCCAACGGAGCCAAGAUGAACCCCAGCGCCCCGAGCUACCCGAUGGCCUCGCUGUAUGUGGGGGAUCUGCACCAGGACGUGACUGAGGCCAUGCUUUACGAGAAGUUCAGCCCUGCCGGGCCCAUCCUGUCUAUUCGGGUUUGCAGGGACAUGAUGACCCGCCGAUCGCUCGGAUAUGCCUACGUGAACUUCCAGCAGCCCGCGGAUGCUGAGCGUGCUUUGGACACCAUGAAUUUCGACGUGAUCAAGGGCAGGCCUGUGCGGAUCAUGUGGUCCCAGAGAGACCCCUCUCUGAGGAAGAGCGGCGUCGGUAACAUCUUCAUCAAGAACCUGGAUAAGUCCAUUGACAACAAGGCUCUGUACGACACCUUCUCCGCCUUUGGGAACAUCCUGUCCUGCAAGGUGGUGUGUGAUGAGAAUGGCUCUAAGGGCUACGGCUUUGUGCACUUUGAGACCCACGAGGCUGCAGAGAGAGCCAUUGAGAAAAUGAACGGCAUGUUGCUGAAUGAUCGCAAAGUGUUUGUCGGCCGCUUCAAGUCUCGCAAGGAGCGUGAGGCCGAGAUGGGUGCCAGAGCGAAAGAGUUCACCAACGUUUACAUCAAGAACUUUGGAGAGGAUAUGGACGAUGACAAGCUGAAGGAGAUCUUCACCAAGUUUGGCCCCGCACUGAGCAUUCGCGUGAUGACUGAUGACGGCGGUAAAUCUAAAGGAUUCGGCUUUGUAAGCUUCGAGAGACAUGAGGAUGCUCAGAGGGCUGUGGAUGAGAUGAACGGAAAGGAGCUAAAUGGAAAGCAGGUUUAUGUGGGCCGAGCUCAGAAGAAAGCAGAGAGGCAGACGGAGCUCAAACGCAAAUUUGAGCAGAUGAAACAGGAUCGCAUGACCCGCUACCAGGGAGUAAACUUGUAUGUGAAGAACCUGGAUGAUGGUCUGGACGAUGAGCGACUGCGUAAGGAGUUCUCACCGUUUGGAACUAUUACCAGCGCUAAGGUGAUGAUGGAGGGCGGCCGUUCCAAAGGUUUUGGAUUUGUGUGCUUCUCUUCUCCGGAGGAGGCCACAAAGGCCGUGACUGAGAUGAAUGGUCGCAUCGUGGCCACCAAGCCGCUGUAUGUGGCGCUAGCUCAGCGCAAGGAGGAGCGUCAGGCCCACCUCACCAACCAGUACAUGCAGAGGAUGGCCAGCGUCCGUGCCGUGCCCAACCCCGUCCUCAACCCCUACCAGCCUGCCCCUCCAUCUGGAUACUUCAUGGCUGCCAUCCCCCAGGCUCAGAACCGGGCUGCAUACUACCCCAGCAAUCAGCUGGCUCAGCUACGCCCCAGCCCCCGCUGGGCUACACAGAGCGUCCGCCCCCAGCGUGAGUCCCUCACACGUACAUCACACUAUUUCCAGAACAUGCCGAACGCCAUCAGGCCCACUGCGCCCCGCCCACAGGCCUUCAGCACCGUCCGACCCACUGCCUCUCAGGUCCCCCGUGUGAUGGCCUCUCAGCGCAUGACCUCUCAGCCUCUUGGCCCACGGCCAACCAAUGCAGGAGCAGCUACAGGAACCGCUCCGGUCAGAGCAGUGCCACAGUACAAAUACGCCCCAGGAGUGCGCAACCCGCAGCAGCACCUGAGCACACAGCCACAGGUGCCCAUGCAGCAGCCUGCAGUGCACGUGCAGGGUCAGGAGCCUCUCACAGCCUCCAUGCUGGCUGCAGCUCCUCCACAGGAGCAGAAGCAGAUGCUCGGUGAGCGUCUGUUCCCCCUGAUCCAGAACAUGCACCCCACUUUGGCGGGAAAAAUCACCGGAAUGCUUCUGGAGAUCGACAAUUCAGAGUUACUCCACAUGCUGGAGUCUCCCGAGUCUCUGCGCUCAAAGGUGGAUGAGGCAGUCGCUGUGCUCCAGGCUCACCAGGCAAAGGAAGCCGCUCAGAAAUCUGUGAACAGCGCUGCCGUUCCUGCUGUUUAAGAACUAGGAUGCCCAGCAACCCAGCUUCAAGACGGAAAAAGGAAAAAAAAAUUAAACAUUGAAAAACAUAAAACUCAUAAAACAAUGAAAAAUAAAAAAUGUCUUUAAAAAUAUAAUCAAAAUACAAAAAUGUUGCCAGGUCUGUAGACACCAUGUCAAGGCCUUGAUUACAGUAAACAAAAACCAAAAAAAUAGAAAAAGAAGAAAAAUUGAUUUUGAAAUAAAGUUGAUAAUUCCUUUAUUUUUAAUUCCUUUUACUGUUUGAAUGCCCAGAUUGUCGGUUAUCUGCAGGUGAUGGCUGAGCAUUGGGAAAAGUGUAUUGGAUUGAAUUAAUAAAAAUUUAAACAUA